AGACGGUAUCACAACACAAAAAUAUCACAAUAAGCUAGAACACCACAGAGCAAGAUAUUCAAAUAGUAAAAAAAAAAAAAACUUGUAUAUUCAUUCAAAAGCGAGAUUUUCCAGAUCAAAAUCAUUCGCUUUCGCUUAAAGAUACAAUGGGGAAUGAAAAUGGAGAAGAAUGGCGAGAGGAGCUUACUAGUCCUGAUGGAAAUACUGAUGAGCUGCCUAUAGAACGCCUUAUUAGAGCCGUGAAGUCCGCCUCGCCACAAGCACUUUCUUCUGCAGUAAGUGACAUUAGAUCGGUUGUAAGCAUGGUUGAUACGAUAGCUGGUUCAGCUCCAGGAAACGGUUCGAGAGCUUCAGUUGGCGAAGACUUGGUUGCAAUGACUAAAUGUCGUCUCCAUGCAAGAGACUUCAUGACGCAAGAGGGAAUGAUGGCGACCACGAAAAUGAAACGUCACAAAACUGCAAUGCCACUGAGCGUUGGUUCACUGGGAGGAAGUGUUGGUGAUAACUACAAGCAGUUUGCUGGUUUGGUAGGUAUGGCAUCUACUGUGACUUGUGGUGGAAAUAAGGCAAGAACUGAGACCGAGCACGCCCUUUUGGAGGAAAUUAAGGAAAUAAAUCAGCGGCUGUUAGAUACAGUCGUUGAAAUUUGUGAUGAUGAAGAUGCUGCUGAUCCUAGUGAGAAAGUAACAUCAAGCAAAGAGUGUGAAGGAACAACAAUUAGAUUCUCGUUUAUAGCUGUUUCCCUCAGCCCAGGUUUGAAGGCUCAUCUCUCGUCAAAACAAAUGUUUCCUCUUCGACCACUGCGUCUGCUGGUUCCUUGUAGCUACCCCAACAUCUCUCCAUCUAUUCUGGACAUACUCCCGGUUGAAAUCAGCAAAAAGAACGAGGACCUCUCGUCCAAAGUUAUGGCAAGGUUCAACAUAUUGCUAAGAAGUUUGUCACAGCCAAUGUCGCUCAAAGACAUAGCCAAGACAUGGGACGCUUGUGCUCGGGCAGUGAUCGAUGAGUACGCACAGCAAUUUGGUGGUGGAACUUUCAGCUCAAAAUACGGAACUUGGGAGAAACAUGUAGCCGCUUCCUGAAUCUGAUGGAAGUCCUUAACACCAUCUCCACUCAUCAACAACUCAUUUAAAUUUCUUAAAAUUAAAUAUUUAAUAUUUUAUUAAUAAAAGAAUAUUUAACCAAUAAGAAGAAGAGAAUAAAGGAGAAAUUCAUUUAAGUUUCUCUCUCAGUUCCUAAAAUACUUAUACAAGAAACGGUUCUUUAAUUUCUCUCUC